ACAGGUUAGCCGCGUUAGCAUGCUAGCAGUGUUAGCUUGUGUUCAGAGGACGGCGGUGUUUUGGUCGAACGUUUGUGAGGUUUGUGGACAGAAAGGACGAUACGUGGUUCGGUUCCGAACAAUCCUCUUUAGCUAAAGUGUCGUAAAUGAGUGAAUGCGUGUUGAACGUAAAGACAACGUGGCUGUGAUUGUGAGACUAGCAGAUGAUCGGAGCUGCUGCUGUUCAGAGGACUUUGGUGUUUGUUGGAGCUGAAGAUCUUCUGCAGCUGCAGGAACCAUGUCUUCAGAACCUCAGGAAGAUUCUGACAGAGAACAACUUUCUGCUGCUGAAGGAAUCAUCUUUCAGAACGAGGAGGAGCUCUGUGGUCAGAGCAGAAUGAUGGAUAUCAGGAAACAGCUUCAGCUCCACGUUGUCGUCCUCCCCCAGCACUGGAUGGCUGAAGAGGAGGAUCUCUGCAACCAACAGAGGAACUUCAGAGAGGAACAGGAGGAUCCAGAACUUCUACAGAUUAAAAAGGAGCAGGAAGAACAAGAACCACCACAGAUUGAAAAGGAACAGGGGGAACCAGAAUUUCCACACAUUAAAGAGGAGCAGGAAUGGCUCUGGAAUGAUCAGGAUGAGGAGCAGCUUGAUCUGAACCAGGAGACUGAUACCUUGAUGGAGAUUCCUAAUUAUGAAGACAAUGAGAACAGUGAAGGAGACCUAAACCAUCAGCUGAGUUUUAAUGUAACUGAUAGUCAAGAUGAAUCAGAAUUUCCACGUAUUAAGGAGGAGCAGGAAUGGCUCUGCAUCAGUCAGGGUGAAGAGAAGUUCUAUCUGAAGCAGGAGACUGAUACCUUGGUGGAGACUCAUACUUAUGAGGAAAAUGAUUACAGUGAAGCAGAUCUGAACAAUCAGCUGAGAUUUAAUGAAACUGAUAGUCAGGAUGAAGAUGGAAACCUAAUUGAAGAAUCAUCAUCAACUACAGAUGAAGAGACAGACCUACCGAACAGAGAUCAGAGGAAGAGAAGAGACAGAAGUCAUGUCCAAAGUGUGGCCAGCUCUCACAUGUUAGAAAGUCAGUGUGACUCUGAUGGUAGAAAAAACCUCAAGAAGGAUACUUUGGUUAAGAAAUGCAAAGAAUUUACAGAUGAAAGCAGAUAUUCAAAUGUAAAGUCUAAUAUAAGAACAAGAAUCACAAACAAUAUGUCUGGCCACAUCAAACCUGAGUCUGGUAAAAGACUUUAUGUCUGUGAAGAAUGUGAUAGACAUUUUGGUUACUGGUCUCAGUUCAAAAUUCACAUGAGAACUCACACAGGAGAAAAGCCUUUUUCUUGUCAAGAAUGUGAUAAACGUUUUAGUGAAAUAUCUAGUCUAAAAAGACACAUGAAAACUCAUACAGGUGAAAAGCCCUUUUCCUGUAAACAAUGUGAUACAAGUUUUGGUCGCAUAUCUGAUCUCAAAAUACACAUGAGAACUCACUCAGGAGAGAGGCCUUUUUCGUGUGAAGAAUGUGGUACACGUUUUAGCCAUGCAUCUAAUCUCAAGACACACAUGAGAUCUCACACAGGAGAAAAGCCUUUCAAUUGUAAAGAAUGUGAAAAAAGUUUUAGUCGUGCAUCUCAUCUCAAAACACACAUGAGAACUCACUCAGGAGAAAAGCCUUUUUCGUGCGAAGAAUGUGGUACAAGUUUUAGUCAAGUAUCUAACCUCAAAAGACACAUGAAAACUCAUACAGGGGAUAAACUUUUUUCAUGUGAAGAAGACAAUACAGGUUUUAGACAUUCAUCUAAUCUUAAGACAGCUGAGAACUCAUACAGGAGAGAAGCCUUUUUAUAGACAAAAUGUUAACAAGAAAUUUGUGACAAUUCACAACUAAAAAAUAAAGGCAAACUUUGCAGAGAUCUUAUGCAGAAAAGAAAAUGAUUUUUUCCCCCAAUCUGGUCCAAAAAGAAAAGUAUACAAACAUGAUUCUUAUAUUUAAAGUUUAGCCUCAGAUACAAAAAUUGUGUAUACUAAUGAAUCUAAAGAUUCAUAACUCUAUUGCAACAGUAAAAUCUGUCCAACACAACAGCCCUUUCCCUUUUUUCUGUUUGCUCAGCAGCUGGACAAAGGAAGUUAGAAAAAAAAGAGGGAAAUAUUGUUAAUAUGUAUAUAUAUAUUUCUUUUUUUUUAGAGACAAAGACUGGAAUUUUAUACAGAAGUAUUACGCAAAGACUGAAAUAGUUUAACCCCUUGUUUUGUUGUGAUGUCUUGUGGGUAAAAUUGACCCAGCAUAUUUAAGUGUAGAAAAAAUACCUUUAUACACACUUUUCCAAAUUGAAAUUGUAUGGCUUUUCUUAAAGUGACUCCAUUAUUAGAAAAAGUGAUACUUUUUUUUUUGCAUGUGAGCUGGACACUACUUGAGUACCAUAAUUGUUGUAUGGGUCAUUGUUUUUUUGGCUAACAAAAUAUAACCGCAUUUGAACAGCAGAAAUAGUUUAAAUGCCACAAACUCUUUCUAAUUCCCAGAUACACACACAACCACCAACACACACACACAGCAAAUUCAUUUUUAAUUAAAUGAAUUAAAAAGAUAUUACUUCAAAUUUAUAAAAUAGCAAUAAUUAUACUUUACUGUAGAAAAGAAAACUGUUGUGACAUUUUGUCUUUGUUUAAAAAAAAGUAUAAUAAUGUUCAUUGUUGAAUUCAAAAGUAACAUGAUAUCUCGUUAUGCACAAUAGAUUUUAGAUAUAAAAUUUAAUGAAGUUGCUUUAUUUUGGUGCUUUGAUAAGGUAGGUAUAUCAGUGGCCUCCAUAUUGAUGCAGUGAUUCAAUUAAAAGUAUGCACAAGCAGGGCCGGCUGCAUGGUUGCUUAGGCGAAAUGUGAUCUCUCCCCCCAACACACACACACAAAUACCAUUGUCUAAAGAAACGCUGUAGCUGCCUGUCAUAUGUUGCAAAAAGUGUUUAGCUAUUUAAUUCUCAAAACUUAAAUAAUAACCACUAAAGAUUUUUUUAGAAUAAUCGCACCUCUCCCAAACUCGGAUGCUGAUCCUCAGCCUUUGCAAUGAAAGGCAGCACUAACCACCCUCUGCUUUGAGUUUUUUCCUCUCUUCGUUCCUUUUUUGACCUUAAAGCCGUCCCUAGGGGCUUCUUCUGCUGCUUUUUCAUCCUUAAAGUUUUAAAGAAGCACUAACAGAUAACCCCCCCAUCUACUUAAACAUUGGUUGCAUCAGGCAAGGGGGGCGGAGCACAGGGUAAAAUUAUUGAUAGUCAAACUUUUGAGUUUUUUUAUUUAUGUUUUUAGUAAUUACCUUUAAAAAAAACAUUUUACACGAAAGGACUUGGACAUUUCAAUAAGUACUUAUUCUAUAGAAUAUUAUAUUAAAUAGAUUGAGAAAAUAUAUUAAACUUUUUCAUUACAUCUGUUAUUUUAAGUGUGCCUCUAAAUAGUAAUAUGUUGAAAUACGAUAGUAAUAUAUUAAUCCCUUAAAAAGCUUUUACUAUUUUAAAGAUUCUGUUACUUUUCGUAUAGAAAUUGUUCAUAAAAUUGUUUUUUUUUUAUUUUGAUAAAUAAUUCAAAAUCCAUGGUCAUGUUUUGUUGUCUGAUUUUUGUACCGUUAUUUUUGGUUUUAAAGAUGUUUAGUUGACCUUUGUGGUUGUUUUAUGCUGAGACAAGGUUUGAUGAAGUUUUUGUGUUACCAUUGGGAACACUAGAAAUAUUUUGUAUACGUCUUUUAUUUUGGCACUUUUGUGUGAACAUGUAAUUAGAGUUUUAAUUAAAAAAUGACUGCAGUUUAUAUUUUGUUCAGUCAUGUCAGCAAGUAACCAUUUUAAAUGAUUUCCCCAAAAGAAGUAUUAAGGAAGACGUGGAUAAAGAGAUAGUCUGGUUGUUGUGAUUCCUGUUUUGUAUCAGAGAUUAGAAGUGUUUCUCUGUUCUUUUUAGUCGUCAAUGUUCUGUUCCAAUCUUUCCUGUGAAGAAUAAAGUGGACGUGAACAUCA